AAAAAAGUUUAAUAAGUAGAAAAAAAUGUCUGAGAAAAUCGUAAAAUCAAGUGGCAAUGGCAUCAAUUUAUCGAUACCUCCUAUGAAAGUGGCUGUUAUUGGGGCAGGUUUGGUGGGUUCAUUGACUGCUUUAAAUUUUGCACGUCGCGGUCACGAAGUUCAUCUCUAUGAAUACAGAGAAGAUAUACGCAGCUCUCAGCUGGUACAGGGACGCAGUAUUAAUUUAGCCUUAUCACAAAGAGGCCGCAAAGCUUUAGCCGAAGUGGGCUUAGAAGAUGUCGUAUUAUCGACGGCAAUACCAAUGCGUGGUCGUAUGUUGCAUGAUAUCAAGGGUAAUAGAUCAGUAGUGUUGUAUGAUCCUUGUACUCAUCAAUGUUUGUAUUCGGUGGGACGUAAACAUUUAAAUGAAAUUUUAUUAAAUGCUGGAGAAAAAUUUCCAAAUAUUCAUUAUCAUUUUGAUCAUAAGCUUAAAACGGCUAAUCUAAGGGAAGGAGAUAUGGUUUUCCAGCACCCUUAUACAGAAGAUUGCACUGAAGCUAAUGCCGAUCUUAUUGUAGGCUGUGAUGGAGCCUUCAGCUCUGUACGCCAGCAAAUGUCCAAAACUUUGGGUUUCAAUUUCUCUCAGGAAUAUAUUGAACAUGGCUAUUUGGAAUUGUGCAUACCGGCUAAAAAUGGUGAAUUUCAAAUGCCUCCCAAUUAUUUGCAUAUUUGGCCUAGAGAUGAUUUUAUGAUGAUUGCUUUGCCCAAUCAGGAUAAAUCGUUUACGGUGACCUUGUCCAUGCCCUUCAGAGUAUUUGCCAGUAUUAAAACAACCGAAGAUCUGUUGGAAUUCUUCAAGCGUUAUUAUAUUGAUGCCUUGCCAUUGAUUGGGGAGGAAUGUUUGCUUAAGGAUUUCUUUAAAUCGAAACCCCAACAUUUGGUAUCGAUAAAGUGCAAUCCCUAUCAUUUUGGUGACAAAGCUUUAAUACUGGGUGAUGCUGCUCACGCCAUGGUUCCCUACUACGGUCAAGGCAUGAAUGCUGGCAUGGAAGAUUGUACCAUAUUCUUCUCUAUACUGGGCCAGCCACAAAUGACCAUAGCAAAAGCUUUAGAACAGUUUACCGAUAACCGAUGCAAGGAUGCUCAUGCUAUAUGCGAUUUGGCCAUGUACAAUUAUGUGGAGAUGCGCGAUUUAACCAAACGUUUCUCCUUCAAAUGCCGUAAAAUUUUGGAUACAACACUCUUCCGUUUCUUCCCCACCUUUUGGGUACCUUUGUAUAAUAGCGUGUCAUUUACUAGCAUGCCGUAUAGUAAGUGCAUUGCCAAUCGUAAAUGGCAGGAUCAGUUUCUUUCGAAAUCCUUUUAUGUCAUUUCAACAUCUGCCCUUGUGAUGGCCUCUGCUGUUUAUGUUGCCAAAAAUUAUGAAUUAAAAUUUAGUUUUUAAGUUUUAAUGUUUGAAAUUUAUAAAUUAAUAAUGUUUGUUAGUUAUUUAGUUGUAGGUUAAUAAAAAGAAUACAUAGUUAAUUAAAAUAUAAAUUGAUGUCUUGCCAGAAAAAUACAA